UGUAUGCAGACGACGGGUGGGAAUAGUGAAUCGUAUGUUGUAGGAUUUCACUCGAACGCUUAUGAGACUCCAUGAUUCUCAACUGCCCUGAGGCACCAGCUUGAGGAAGGCACCACCUGGCCAGACAGCCGCGGAGGCUUGCGCGUGGUUCGCAAUUGCCUGACAACCCAUUGCUCACGCCACCGAGCAAUCUCUCGAGUGGUCAGCAUGUCGAAUCUCAAUCCGGAGACAGCGUCGAUCCUCACGCAACAGACAUCGAGGACAGCAUCUGGUGGACGCGCACCACAGUUCACGUUGGAGACCUUUUCGAGCAAAGAUUUCAUAGUCAAGGACUUUAUCGAAGAACUCUCUGACAGUGCCGUACCAGCCUCUCGAAAGUCAGCGCCCGCCUCGAGUCAGCAAGCAUUCGAUCCAAAGCCCCUAAUUCGUACCUUCGAACACGCUUUAAACCGCCUGAACAGCCAGUCAGAAGACCUCGAAGAGAGAGAAAAUGAGCUCUCAGGCGCAGUCAGGCGUGCUGAGGCGCAACACAACCAGAACGUCGAGUCGUUAGGGAGAAGGCUCGAGCAGGCCAUCGAUCGCUUCCAAAGGCUGGACAGUUCGCUCAACGGCGGCGACGACGGAGGGCCAGAUUCUGGAGGCAACAUUGCUAUGCGCAUCGGAGAGAGGCUGGAAGAGCUGGAUCGACAACGCAAGAGAGCAAUGGACGCCAAAUUCUUGAUCGAAUGUUGGCAAGAGGUCAGUGAGCGAGGCGAACUGAACAUCUUGGAGGAUCAUCGCAGGAGCGGUGGCAUUGUGCGUUGCGCAGAGAUCGCACGCCAGCUUCUGAGAAUCAGCGCGCGUCUCGAUCCUGAAAACAACCCACGUACCAACGGCGCAGAGCUGAAUGGUAAUAAGAGAAAGACUUUGGCUCAGCAAAAACACAACACAAGGGAGGUUAUCGAGAAGUUUCUGGAGAACUUGGAGCAAGACCUGCUCAGUAAGUUCGACGAAUGCUACAGGAGGCCAAAUUACGAUGGCAUGCGCGACUGCGCAGUUGCAUUGAGGGGCUUCAGUGAUGGCUCCAGCGUCAUUGCAACUUACAUCAGUCAACAUUCAUUCUUCAUCGACCGCCACCAGCUUGUUUCAGAGGAGCUUGCGUUAAAUGAUGAAGCUUGGGACGCUCUGCAAGAUCCUGAUAUGGAGCCACCAUCUGUCGAACCAACCUUGCAGUCCUUGAUCGAUGAGGUCAGGAUUGUCGUGCAAGAAGAAUCUGCGAUCAUCAAGCGCGCGUUUCCCUACUACGAAGAGGUGCUCAUCAGGUUUGUUGAGCGCAUCUUCCAACAGUCGAUACAGCAACGUCUCGAGAUGGUGCUAGACAAGGCGAACGACCUCUCGAGUCUCGCAUUCUUGCGCGCUCUAGCAGCAUCGCGAGCCUACAUCACACAACUCGUCGAAGAUUUGAAGGCACACGGGCUGACAGAGCAUCCUGAACCUGUCACGUCGCAGGUCGCGGCCACUUUGGACCAACAACUUGAGGAACUAUUUUCCCGAUAUUUCAUUGGAUCGUCCUACAUUGAGCGAGAGAAGAAGAAUCUGGAAGAACUCUAUUCGUCCCUUCUCCUCAAAUUCACUAUCUACCACUCUCGCCGAAGAAAGAUGCCCACAUCGUAUUUUGGCUCAUUGGCGCAGCGAGGUAAGGAGCUUGCAUCAUCUGCACGAGACGCCUAUAUGGACCGUCUGGAAAGCACCGACUUGCCUGCUAGUCAGAAAGCGACUCUGCUUCGAAUUGCUGGCGUAAAGGAUGACCAACAGGCAAAACAAGAUAUUGAGGUCACAGAUGAGGACGGAAAGCUGUCUUUGGUCACUGCGAAGCGUAUGCUGAAAUGGCUGGCUGAAGGCGUUGGGCGUGGAUUGGAGUUGUCACCCGGCAAUGAAACGCCCAAGGACGUUCAGAAUCUGCUGAACUUACUAUUGCAACAGAUGGGUGACAUUUACCUGGAGACUGCUCUCGAUUCUGCCUCCGAUCACGCUGCUUCACAAGAGAAUUCGAAAACCCCACCUGAUCUCACCCAUCUUUCCUCACUUCACGCUAUAACCACAAUCCUACACCUCCUUCAGCAAACCAUCACCACGAUUCUGCUUCCACUAUGUACGCCGAAUCUGACUAUCCGACGAGAAAUCGAAAAGUCGACCAAUGGUACAAUGACAACGCUGGAGGCAAAGUUAUCCAAUAUCCUAAAUCUCACAUUGACAGCAUCCCUCAACUGGGUGAGCCGAUGUUUGGCUCAGCAGAAGAAGACAGACUUUCGGCCGAGAGACGAUGCAGACCUCAUGGUUACAAGCGAAACUGCAGCUUGUCGCGAAGUGGCAGCGUUCCUCGCUCGUGUCGCCCAACAAGCCAGUGGUGCGCUCUCGGGCCGCAACUUGUCGCUAUUUCUGGCAGAGCUUGCUCGAGGCCUGCGUGCGCUGGUCUUGUCGAACUUGCUUAAGUUCACUGUCUCUCAGGUCGGUGGUCUUAGUGUGUCUAAGGAUAUGAAUCGCUACGCAGAGCUUGUGCGCAGUUGGCCUACUGGCGAUGAGCUCGAGCCAGGAGCGAUGGAUGUGCUCAGUGAUGUGAGUACAUUGUUCAUCAUUGGCCCGGAGGCACUUCGAGACAGAUUGAGGGGCGCUGGCCAGGAUGCGCAAGAGUUGAAGCUUUUCAUUGCAAGACGAGAGGACGUGAGCAGCGUUGGUGUGCAGAGCGUGCUCAACGGUUUGUGAGUUUUCCCGGCAUACGCAACGACGCAUUUAUCGUGCUCUACCCAAGCGUACUGCAUAAUUUCAAUCUUUUGGGGCGCUUCCG